AUGGAGAAGGCGGGCGGCGGCGGAUCGCCCCCCGGGGAUGCGGCCGCACGCGCUCGGCUGCCUUCCGAGCCCCGGGCGCUCGGCGGAAGCUUCAGCCGCCGGGCCUCGGCGCGGUCCUGGGAUGGGUCUGUCUUCGCGGGCAGGGAGGGGCGGCUGACUCGGCACGUCUCGCUGCCGCGAAGGCUCACGUGGAGCCGGAGUAAUUCCACGAGCCAGCAGCGCAGCCCCGGCGAGCUGUCCGACUACCACACCUUUGGAAAGUACUCCGAGCUGUUCGCCGCCGCGGUGGGCAACGUAGAAUGGCUGCGGUUCUGUAUCAAUCCCGACCGCCAGGAAAUCUUGGCCGAUGACAAGGGCUUCACAGCCAUCCAUUUGGCGGCCCAGCGUGCCAGGCUGUCAUGUAUACAGGUCUUGGUAGAGGAAUACAAGUUUCCUGUCGAUCUACCCACCGACGAUUGCCGGACCCCCCUGCACCUCGUCAUCCAUAAGGACAACAAGACCAUGGCUGUCCCCUGCAUUGACUACCUGCUCCAGAAAGGGGCAGCCAUCAAUUCUGUGACACUCAACCGUUCCACACCCUUGCACCUGGCAGCCUGUGAUGGCAUGCUGACAUGCAUGAAGGUCCUGGUGCAGAAUGGUGCUGAUGUCCAUGCCCGAGAUGCCACAGGCUGCAAGCCCAUCGACUACUGCAAAAUAUGGAACCACCGUUCCUGUGCUCGGUUCUUGAAAGAUGCCAUGUGGAAACAUGAUAAGAAGGAUUUUGCCCGUGAGAUGGAGAAACUGAAGCACCUCAAGAACAAGUUGAUAUCCAUGGAGCAAAACUACCUGAUAAAACACCAAAAAGAACAAAGCAUUCAGAGAGACACUGAGUUCAGCAAGUGGCUCCAUUCCAAGAAACAAUGCCAACCCCUGAUCUCCAGCUCCACGCAAGAGGCUCGUGCCCAACCUCAAUUCUUUGCUCUCUCAACAACCUCAGGAACCAAGGGGGUCCGCCGCACUGUGGAGGCACGCCUGCAAAGUUUACUGCUGCAGCCUAAGAUGUUGCCUAAGCCCCUUAAUCCAUUCCUCAUCCAUCAGCGGCCCAAGUCAUGGAAUCGUAGCAGUAACCCUGCUACACCCCCUGCCACUGACAUCAGCUGCCCACAGGGCAUCCGCCUGGGUGUGCAUCCAGACCCUCACAGGGAACACGACUUCAGCAGCUUCCUAGAGGUGAUUCAGGAUGCCCAUGGCCUUAUGAGUCUGCACACUGUGGAUGGCCACUGGGUGGCACCCCUGCCCCAGCUGCCUUUCAAGGUGAUCGUUGACUCGCUGUUCCCAAAGUCGCAGCCAUACAGGAUGAAAGUGCCCGAGGGCUUAUAUCCUAUAAGCGUACUGAACCUGACACAGAAGCGGCAGGUGGGCCAAGAUACCUGGAUUGACGGUGUGACUAUGAACCUGCGUGAGACAUUUGACGAAGCCUUCCUGCUAGCACUGCAAGCUCAAAUGCUGCCCUCUCCUCCACAGUCCUCAUAA